GAGUGAUGAAGCCGUGGUACUGUGACAAAUGCGCAGUGAAGCUUACGUCUGCUCAGAAUGCCUCUCUUGUUGAACCCCCUCACCCCUCCCCCAGGACUUUCUCUUGAACUUGUGUCUCAACUACAAACAGCAGGAUAUAUCGCGGUUUCGGUGAUAACGGCAUGGCUAUGGGACGUUGUACUGUCGUCCUCGGAGGACGCACAGAUGUUCAUAGAACACAGAGUGGGAAUUCCUGAGCUCGUAUACAUGCUAGCACGUAUUGCGUCCGGUGGAUAUGUCCUGACGGCUAUUGGUUUCAUUGUAUCAUCCAAAAGUGGAUGCAAUGUUGUUCAAACCGCCAUUGGCUGGUUCGGCGCAUUUGCCGUCCCACUCAAUUCUCUGCUCUUCUUCCUUCGAGUUCGAGCAGUGUUCUUAGGGUCGCGGAUCGCUUUGGCUGUUUUCGGAUUCCUCUGGUUAUCCACACUCACGUCGUUGACAAUGCCAUUUGGUACUAAACUUGGAUCGACCAUCGUGUGCGGAAUUGGAAACGUUAAGCCAUACACUUCGGCAGGGUACAUUACUCUCGCGGUCUUUGACACAACUGUAUUCGUCGCUAUAUCGUGGCAAAUUCUGAGCAUGAAUUUGGCCGAAACUUGGAGGCAACGUGUGAGAUCGUUUGUUGGGCGGGAUAAUAUGGGUCAGUUGUCGAAAGCACUCCUGCAGACAGGACAGUCAUACUACUUAGCUACCGUUGGGAUGAACAUCUUCGUUCUCAUCGUCAUCCUCACCUCUGCAUUUCCACCUUCGAUCCGUGCGGCAUUGACGAUACCAAACAUUGCAUUGCAAAAUGCCAUGGCUUGUAGGGUUUUCCGACUUCUCAAGUUGACUUACGUUCCUGGCGAUGGUACCACUGUAGCAUCAUCGCGUUCUCAAACACAAGACCUUCAUUUUGCCACGCGGAAGACGCUCCAGAGCCAAACUACCAGCGAUAGAACUUUGCACCGUCACGAGGGUGCAGAAGAGAUUGAAAUGAUUCCGAUUUCAAACCCUCCUAUACAGGACGAAGAGGCGGCAUCUUGCUCGCCAGAUAGCACCGUUCGUACGGCCAUGCCAACAUUCGCAAAUGUCGAGGACGUGAUCUAGUAGACAUUUGAAAGCUUUGUUGUCGAUUGGAGCUGAUAAGAUUUGCCCGUGAUUGCCCCGUUCGCCGUUCUUCGAUGCGGCAGGACUACUCGCGAUUAUACGGCUUAAAAGAGUAGAGCCUUGAAAGACUGUUGAGAUCCUAUCUGAGCCCGGUAUGCCACGAACGAGCUUCUGGAAGCAGGUGGCCGAGAUCCUGCAUCGGAAUGAGGCGUAUCAUAUAAACGUGUACACAUACC